AGGUCGCAAUUCUGUGGCUUCCCCCCACCCGCUCUCGUCCGUAAGUUUUCUUGAACUUGAAUUUCGAUCUGUAGUCAGUGAAUGAUGGGUCCUUUAGUACUGGCAUUCGACACGAAGAGAGCUUCGCAAGCUCCUUUAGACAUGCUCAUGAUGAAACCUCAGAACUUGCAGCUGGAUGCAACAAAGUUCUUUGCUUCAGUUAGCACAGGAGAAGAAAAGCCCUUCGACUUUUUUCGUACUUUUUUUGAUGGAGUUAUUGCAGGAGGCACUGCUGGUGUUGUCGUUGAAACGGCCUUAUACCCCAUUGACACGAUAAAGACAAGGCUGCAGGCAGCUCGCGGUGGAGGAAAAAUUAAUUUUCAAGGCUUAUAUUCUGGGUUGGCUGGAAAUCUUGCUGGCGUAUUACCGGCUUCUGCUUUAUUUGUUGGUGUUUAUGAGCCUGCAAAACAAAAACUGCUAAGGAUGUUUCCUGAGAAUCUCAGUGCUCUUGCUCAUUUGACUGCCGGUGCCUUAGGAGGAGUGGCUGCUUCUCUUAUUCGUGUUCCGACAGAGGUUGUUAAGCAAAGAAUGCAGACAAGGCAGUUUUAUUCCGCCCCUGAUGCUGUCCGCCUUAUUGUCUCUAAAGAAGGUUUUAAAGGUCUUUAUGCGGGAUACGGAUCCUUUCUGUUGCGGGAUUUGCCAUUUGAUGCAAUCCAAUUCUGCAUCUAUGAGCAGCUUCGGCUUGGUUAUAAAGCGGCAUGGAAGCAUUUUUGCAAAGUCAUGUUGUCUUGUGUGCUUGCUUUAGCCGUUCUGGCCUAUCGAAAGAGAUUAACGAUUCUUUCAUUGUUUCCCAAACAGGCACGUAGAGAACUGAACGAUCCAGAGAAUGCUGCGAUUGGAGCUUUUGCAGGAGCACUGACUGGAGCAAUAACCACUCCACUCGAUGUAAUCAAGACACGGCUAAUGACUCAGGGACCAGCAAACCAGUACCGAGGGAUAUUUAAUUGUGUUCAAACUAUUGUGAGGGAGGAGGGUCCUUCAGCUCUUCUCAAGGGAAUCGAGCCAAGGGUCCUAUGGAUCGGCAUUGGUGGGUCAAUUUUCUUUGGUGUCCUAGAGAGCACUAAGCGGUUCCUUUCUCAAAGACAUCCUCCGCCACAUCCACAUCCCAAGAAAGAUCCAACUAGCUGAAAGGUUGGCACUCACAUUGAGGUCAAAAUCGUUCAUGUUGAGCAGUUCCGGUCGUUAUGCUUUGGUAUCCACACAAGGUUUGCCCAGAAAUCUGCAUCAACUAGCCUGUAGUGGAAGAUAGAGAAGUGUUGAGGGAAAGUUGCACUGCUUAAUGCCCUUAGGUCGCUUAUGCAGGUUUUGACAAUGAAUGCUUUAGCUUUACCAAGUAGUGAAUAGCAACAGGGAAAAAGGGAAACAGAACGUUUCUCGACUGAUGAGUAGCUUGUUUACGUUCAUUGUUCUCUCUUCCUAUGGGCAUUGGCCAAUCCAGUAUGAACUUUUACUAA